AUGGAAGAAGACCUGGUUGAAAUGGAACAUGACCAAGUAAUAAUGAUUAGCACCUUGGGAACCGAAGGAUUGAUGGAAGAGAUGCUGACAACAAUGAACAACCAAAGUGACAAGGAACAACCAGUAACCAACUCAAUCAAAUCUUCCUCUUCUUCAUUACGUAGUUCAUCCGAACGACAUGCUGAGAUUCAGCCCGAGAUGCAUACCCUUCUGCUAGACCCCACUCCUCCUAGGAAAACAGGUCGUAGGUCAGCCAGACAGAGGUCCAAGUUAUAUGCACAGAGCUUGGAGGUUCAUGAGAUGGACAUUGACAAGGUGGAAGAAAAGCAAACUGAGGAGAAUGUGGAACAACAACCUAAUGAGAAGAAUGGUGGAGUGGCACCACCACCACUGAGAUUUCAUAAGGAGAUGUUGUCAAAGAAUUACAUACAGUUUGCACUGAAAGUUCUGGGAUGUGAGUAUGAAGUUAUAGAGGAACCUGGGUGGCGUAAAGCCAAGCAGUUCUAUGAGGAAGCGAUGUCGGAUCCCUUCGUUGAAUAUGCAUGUGAGAAUGUGCCUGAUCCUUCUGCGAUCCUCCCUCCCUUCGGUUAUUAUAAUAACAUGGAGAAGGAGUUGAUUGAGUUUGACAGAGAUGUGAAAAGGUGCAAGGAGCUUCCAAAUUUCGGGUUCCCUGUGUCCUUUGAUUCUGAUGUUUCUGUCCAUUUUGAGACUGCUCCUGAGAAGGAUUAUUAUGAAUUCGGGAAUGGCAACCCACAGCUGGGUUCGAGUGGAGAGCAAUCAAGAAAGGGCAAGUAA